CGGGGCAAAGCAGUUGGACCCAGAUCUCCCAGCCGCUGACGGGCCGGGGGCCGAGCCCGCGCGCUGCGACGUCACGGCCGGCGCGUCACUCGGCCCCGCCCCCACAUUCCAACGUGCCGAGCGGGUGAGGUAAACAAGGUCCGGCGCCGCCCGCCCCCCCCUCGCCCCGCCCCCUCCGGCAGCUUCCAGAAAGGCCGCGCGGGCCGCGCUGUGGCGCAGCAGGGAUUGGCGCUUCCCGCCAGCCCGGGGCCGGGGCACGAGCUGGUCGGCGGGGGCGGGGCGGUGAUGCCCUGGUUUAUUUUUACUCGGGCGGCUCAUCCGGUGCGGCUGCCCGAGCGCCGCCGCCCCCCACCCCGGCCCCGGCCCCGCCUAUAAAGCGCCGCCCGCGGGGAGGCGAGGAUGCAGCUGUAUAGCUCCGUGGUCACUCAUUAUCCGGCGGCCGGGGCGGCGGCGGCGGGUGGCGGCGGCGCCGCGGGCGUCUUCAAGGUCUCGGUGCCGGCGGCGGACGCGGCGAGCCCGAGCGCGGCGGCGGCCGAGAGCGGCGGGCAGGAGGGCGCGGCGGGCGGGAGCAGCGGCGCCGCGGCCAUGACCGCCUUCUCCAGCUGCCUGGAGGCCAUGCCUGGCGGCCCCACCAAGGCGGCGGCGGCCCCGCACUACAGCUCCAGCGCGCACAUCGCGCUGAGCCGCCGCCGCCCGCUGGAGCGCGUCGUCCCCGUGCGCCUGGAGCUGGAGCUGGCGCCCGCUGUGCCGCCCGGCUGCGCCUGGCUCGGAGACGUGAUGGGCGGCAGCGUGCGGCCCGCGGCCGGGGAGGUGGAGGCCGGCCCGCGCCCUUCGCCCGAGCCCAGCAACCGCGGCCUGCGCCUCAGCGAGCACUGCCAGGCCUUGCAGGCGGCCGCCGCUCAGGCCCUGCCCGGCGCGGCGGGGGGCGAGGUGGUGGCGGCUGGGGGUACAGGGCCGGUGGGGGGCGCGGAGCGCGGGGAGAAGCUGGCGCUGUACCUGGCCGAGGUGGAGAAGCAGGACAAGUACCUGCGGCAGAAAGGCCGCUUCCGCUUCCACAUCAUCCCCGACGGCAACUGCCUGUACCGUGCCGUGUGCAGGGCUGUGUAUGGUGAGCAGCGGCUGCACGGUGAGCUGCGCGAGGAGACCGUGCACUACAUUGCCGACCACCUGGACCAAUUCAGCCCCAUCAUUGAGGGUGAUGUGGGCGAGUUCCUCAUCGGCGCUGCACAGGAUGGGGCCUGGGCUGGCUACCCAGAGCUGUUGGCCAUGGGGCAGAUGCUGAACGUCAACAUCCACCUCACCACAGGCGGGCGGCCCGAGAGCCCCACUGUCUCCACCAUGGUGCAUUACCUGGGCCCCGAGGACCCCAUGCGGCCCAGCAUCUGGCUGAGCUGGCUCAGCAAUGGGCACUAUGACGCUGUGCUGGACCGCGCCUGCCCCAACCCCGAGUACGAGGCCUGGUGCCGGCAGACUCAGAUGCAGCGCAGGCGGGAUGAGGAGUUGGCCAAGUCCAUGGCUGUGUCCCUGUCCAAGAUGUAUAUUGAGCAGAACGCCUGCUCCUGAGCCUGCCUGGGCCCCGCGCUAGAGACAUACUGUGCACCAGUGCCCCGGUGGCAAUGCCUUAAUGCUUCAGGAAGUCGCCGUGGUGCCCCUGGCUGAGGAGCCCCUACAGUACUGAACUGUUGGCACGGGCACUACUUAAGCCCAAGCUGGUAUUUGUAAUACUCCCUUAGUAUAAAAUGACCCCUGGAUUACUUGCGAGUGGAUUCUCCAUGUAUAUUUGUGUUGGGUUUUUCCAGUUCUCUUUUUUCUAUAAGAAUGUAUUUUUUGCACAGUAUUUUUAAACUGUUACCUCCUUCUCUAACAUCUCAUCUUAGCAUUUGGUUUUCAGCUGUACAGCCAAAAAAGAGUUUGUAAACAGUUUGUUUUGUAAAUAAGGCUUAUGAAUGAUGUAACAGCUUUUGCUGUGAUUUUUACUAGUACACCUCUAUAUUUCUACCAAAUGAAAUUGAUGUCAGGCUCAUCUUCCCUGACUGAUGAAGGUAAACUUUUUUCAGUUAAAACCUUGUUAUCAUAAGUACAGCAAACUUCAUAAUGGCUACUUUUCAAAGAAGCCGCUUUCCCAUUUGUUUCAAAUGUAGAACAGGUUCUCUGAGCCAGUUGGAAGGCAUCUACUUAUGAAUGGUACAGGGAGUGAUUGUGACUCUUCUGUAUUUAAUUACUGUUUUAGAGUAAACUGGCCUUUUGUUGCCUGGUUGGCUUGUCCUUUGUUCUGUUAAUAACUUGUUCAGUUGUAAUAGCAGAAAUUUAAUUUACAAUACAAUGUUGUGACAAGAUAAUAGUCUGCUGCUUCAGCAAAAAAAAAAAAAAAUCUUGGCUGGACCUUGCUGUUUGCCGCCUUGUUUCUGGGGUUUGUUUCUUAUAUGUAAAUGCCCCUGUUUUGUUUCUUGGCACUUUGCAUUGCAGCAGUAAGCCAUUAUCUUUCCAGAAAGUUUUAUUCCUUUUGAUAUUAUUUUUUUUUUUUUCUUUCUAAUAAAGUAGGAUUCCUCUGCAUUAUGUUAAACAAGGAAGUAUUUAAGCUAAGACUUUGUAUGGUUUGCUGGGUCAAACAUUCACCGUUUCCAACCUGAAAGCUUUCUCUCUAAUUUCUGGUUAACUUUAACUUGUUAGAUAUAUUUAUUAAGUAAUGCAGUUUGUACUUUUUUUUUAUUUUGUAAUAUUUUGUGAUUUUUUUUUUUUUUAAUCUAUACUGUAUUUGUAUAAUAGGAAUAUUCUCAGCUAAAAUGGAAUGAAUAAAAAAGUAUAAUUUUACGUGGA